AGUUUUUUGAAUAUUUAUAUUAAUUUAGAACAUGUACAAAAAUAAAAUUAAUUUUUGAAGGCAUUCUAAUAUUUUUUGUAAAAUUUCUAAAAAUUAUGUCAUAAGAAUAUUCCCAUGAAAGCAUAUAAAGUCAUCAAGAUUAAAAUACAGUAGACCAUAUACAUUUUCUUUUACUUCUAAGUCGUAAGAUGGACCAUUAGUUGAGUGGUCCAAUUUAAUAUUGGUCAUAAGAGGUAUAUUUACCACUUCUACUUUCGGGAUUUUGAAGAAAGCAUUAAUCCCAGUAGUGUACUUUUGUUUGGGUGGAGUACAUGUAGUUUAAGUUAAGUUAAAUAUAAUUUUAUUCAAGAACUGUAUUAAUUACAGUGUUUAUCGAAAUGGACGAUUUAGAUAGACAGUUAGCCAAAUUGGCACUUAUGAACAAAGUUGAUCUUCGAGUAACCCCUGUAGGGGGUAGUCCCGGAAAGAAAACGGGACCCGCGGUCCCUCCGAAACCCAAAAAAACACAACCACAGAUUCCCCAAUCUUAUCCUUUGAAAAAACCAGUAGAACCAAGUUAUUCGUCUCGAUUACAACCUGGAACUCAACUUUAUUCAAACAUACAACCUAAAAGUCCACAAACUCAUUAUUCCAACGCGCCAACGUUGCCUUUAAAUAGCAGAUACGGGGAGCAGAGAUCAGAUAACAACUAUGCUAAUGUACCAAAAUAUAUGGAUCAGAAUAUGCAGUAUGUUAAUCUGCCAAGGAGUGCUUCAGCUAUGAGUGGUACUUCAUCAAUAUCAAGACAAGGAAAUUAUGGUUCGACGAUACAACAACCAAAUGAUUAUGGUUCCCAAUCUAGAACUAGUGUUGGACCGAAAGGUUAUACAAAAAGUGAAAAUGUAACUUAUAGUAACAUUCAGAUGCCGCCUUCUAGAAAUCAGGAUGGUUUAAUUUAUAGCAAUCUUGUACAUCCACCCAGAGAUGGUGCUAAUGUUUACAGUAAUUUACCUCCUAGUAACAGCGCUUACUGUAGUGGUGAUGAUUUGCCUCCACCUCCACCACCGUUGGAUAUAACUGCAGGUUUAUCAGAUUAUGCACCUUGUUCUGUAAAUACUAACUUACCACCACCUCCGAAAGAUUUGCUACCACCUCCUUCACCAGUUAGUUCAAGUUAUAGUGAGCUUAGAAGAGCCACUCAGCCAGGACAAGAUUUUCAUAAUUACAGUAUAGAAUCUCAGUAUGGUGACAGCGAUUCUUUGUAUGGAUUUGGGGACAUAUCUCAGGCUUCAUCUACUUAUGAAUCAAUUUAUGAACCGAUUAAUCCACGUCCUCCAAGUCAAAUGUCGUCUCGAUCAAAUUACUCUUUAUAUGCUCCAUACGUUAGUGGUAAUAGUAGUACUGCGACUGGUCCCAGUCAAUCGGUUAGUCGUUUAGGACAUAACAAAGAACAAGAAGUUGACAGUUUAACUGAUCUCUUGGUGCAAGGAAUGAGAGGCGGUGAGGAAAGCGACCUGGAUCAAGAGGACGUCUUUGGAUUGUGCGUCAAAUGUGGAGAAAAAAUUGUUGGAGAGAAUAGCGGAUGUACUGCAAUGGAUAAACUGUACCAUACAAAAUGUUUCACGUGCCAUCAUUGCGCUAUCAACUUGCAAGGAAAACCGUUCUACGCACUUAAUGGUAAACCGUAUUGCGAGGAAGAUUAUUUGAAUACUUUGGAAAAAUGCUGCGUUUGUCAAAAUCCUAUAUUGGAUAGAAUUUUAAGAGCGACGGGUAAACCAUACCAUCCAAAAUGUUUCUGUUGUGUUGUUUGCGGAAAGAGCCUUGAUGGUAUACCUUUUACAGUCGACGCUUCCAAUAGAGUCCAUUGCAUCGAAGAUUUUCAUAAGAUUUUCGCUCCGAAAUGUUGGGUUUGUAAACAACCAAUCAUGCCUGAACCAGGCGAAGAAGAAACGGUACGAGUAGUAGCACUAGAUCACAGUUUCCAUGUACAGUGCUAUAAAUGCGAAGAUUGUGGCUUAGUUUUAUCAUCUGAAGCAGAAGGUAGAGGUUGUUAUCCAUUAGACGGUCACAUUUUAUGUAAAAGUUGUAACGCAAAACGUGUCCAAGCUUUAACGAAUCACAUGACGACCGAGCUCUAAACUGGAACCUAAAAGCACAAACUAUUAGUAUUCAUUCAAUUGUUUGUUUUAUCUCUAUAUAUAUAUAUUCUUAAGCAUGACUAAGAACAAUUUAUUAGUUGCUUUUGUUCACUGUAUCAACAUUUUUUAAAGUAUUAUUACAAAUUUAUAUAUUUAUUCAAUUUGUGAUAUUUGCUGAUACAAUAUUUUGAAAAUUACUAAUUUCAGUUUUCCAAAAUUAUCUCUCCUAAAGACAAACACAACUGCAAUAGAAUUGCUUAGUCACUUUCUUUUAAAAUAUGAGUUUUUAGGGAUAAAUUCUGUUCCACAAAUUUUCCAUACAUGUAGUUACCCUUCAAUUUCUGAAUUACAUUUUGGGAUCUGCAUCGGUUUCUCCAUAAGCUUUAGAAAACAAUUUAUAUCGAUACAAGUUUUCGUCCUAUUUGCCACAUAUAAAAAAAAGGUUAGUCUUUUGCCAAGCAGGGUUGAACUGUAAAAAAUGAAAAGUUAGAGAAUUUUGAGUUCUCUUACAUACUACACAUUCAUAUACUUCUAAUGUAUCAUGCGCCAAAUAAAAUUUACAAAAUAAAAUGAAAUAGUUUGAAUUUAAACAGAAAUCAAAGUUGAAAUAAUUUGUUUUCUAAUUUAUUAAGAAAAAUAAAAUUUAUUUCAGUUUUUUUAUUAGAAUCCACUGAAAUUUUGAUUUAUUUAAUACUCUUAUCAACAACAAAUAAUACAGAUAAUUAUUCUUUAAAAAAUAUGAUAACUUUCUUUUCCUGUUGAAGUUUUGUGGUUAGGUCUCUCCUAAAUAUGAAAGGACCUUAACACAAGUUGAAUUAAGCUUUUUCUAUUGGCAGUUAUAUAAAAUUAAUUAUAAAAAAAAUAUCAGUGUUAAUACAUUUUUAUAGAUUGUUUUUACUUUUUAAAUUCUUAAAAUGUUGUAAAAAAAUGUUGAUGAGGCAAACAUGAAUGUGAUUUUGAAAAAAAGUAUUUAUAUAUAUAUACAUAUAUUUAGCAUAUUUUAUAUAUUUUUCGACAUUCCUUUUAAAAUAAGUUAUUCCUAUAUCGCCAUAUUUAGAUAUAUACAUUGUAUUCCUUUUUAGAAGACUUUUAUAUAAGUUACUAUAGCUUUUUUUACGAGAUAAAUCUUCAGUACUUCUCACUUUUGAACUAUUUCUAAGGGUCAAAAUUAUAUUUUUGUACCCACAAUCACCUUAUAAUUGAACAAACUUAUGAACCGUAUAAAAUUGAUUUACUAGUGGAAUAAAUAAAAAUAUUUAUUUCAACCAAUAGAUCUAAUCAUAUUACAAUAAUUACAUUUUAUUAAUAAAUUUUUUAUCAUUUCUUUUAUGAUAUUCCAUGUUAUUUUUAUUAAUAAUAAACUUCCUAGUGCCAAUCAAAGCUUUUGAUAAACUAAAAUCGAUUUCAAGCGAAUAAUCUGGUUAUUCGCUUCCUCCUAGUGAAUUUUUAUAAUAACUUUGCUUUCGAUAUCCUUUUUCUACACAAGGAUUUUUUUAUUUAAGUAUAUUUUUAUUGCUAAUACUUCCAUUUAUAUAUGUUUCAUUUCUUGCAUGAAGAUUUAGAUUUUUUAGAGGUUCUAUCACGUCACUACUGCAAUUAGUAUAUAGCUUUCCUUUUGAAAAUGAUCUGAUUUUUUCCAAAUUGAGAUGAUAACAUCAGCUCAACUGUUCUCUCUUUGAUAUGGUAGGUCAAAUGAAAUGACAAACUGAGACAUUUGUUUAAAAUAUAUUUUAUUUUAACCCAAAAUUCACUCGUCAAUAAAAAAGUAAAAAAAAAAAAAUUCGCAAAUCUAAACCACAAUGUUAAUAACCAGGUUUACUAGGCACUAAUAAAAAAAUAAGUAAGUAUACCCUCAAACUAUUUAAUUAUUAUUUACCAAAUAACUGAACUGAUUUAUUUCUGUAAAAUAAAAGGUGGUGUUGCAGCAGUAAAAGGGGUAAUUCAUAUGAUUUGACUCAAAUCAAAUGGAACUUCAAAUUAUCUGAGAUUUCAUGCAAAAAGAACACAACUGUAGUGUUGCUUUUCCUAUGUAGUUACCAAUAUAUAUCAUUCAAUUGUAUCACUAAAUUACAAAUAGUUUUUUAUUAAGGUAUAUAUAGAAAUAGUUCAAAGUGUGAAAGCUUUGUGAUUGUGAAGAAAUUUAUUAUGAUUUUAAAAAUCUGUAAUUUUUUGAUUAUAUUGUUAUAUUUCUUUUUUUAAAUAAGUUAUAGUCAUAUUAUGUGAAAUGUGAUUAUUUUUUUCUUUGUGCCAAUAUAAACUAAGAAAUUUAAUAAAAAUUGCAAAGAA